AUGCUGCCACUAGAAGAGUCUGUUCUGGUUUUAAACUUUCUGGACACCCUUCUGGUCACUACUGACAAUAUCCGACUGUGGACACAAAAAGAUCCCACCCUGGCAAAACCAAAACAGCUGACGGUGAUGGGGGAAGCAAAAGGGCCAUCACAACCAGGCUCAAAACCUUUCUGGACGCGGCGAGACCAGAUCACAGGAGAGCUCUCCUGGAAGCAAAGCUCAAAACCGAACAACAAAAUUCCUUUCAGUCCUGGAAUCCUUGCACCCCCACCUUCUCAACCCACUCUAAAUCCCCGUACCCUCGCCCGAGAGGGAGUGCAGCCUGCAUUCUGCUCAUAUCGGUCUGAGGACGGCUGUUACUCAGUGUUAACACAGUUACAUCAGCUUUCAACCGGGCUGUCCCUCCAUGAGGAAGAUGGACAGUCUGGACGUGACCUGCAGCAUUACCAAAGCCAGGCCAAACAAUUGUUCCGCAAGCUGAAUGAGCAGUCUCCCACACGCUGCACACUGCAAGCUGGAUCCAUGACCUUUCACUACGUCAUAGAAAAAGGUGUUUGCUAUCUGGUCUUAUGUGAGGCAGCAUACCCAAAGAAGUUGGCUUUUGGGUAUCUGGAGGACUUGCAGGCGGAGUUUGAUGAGCAACAUGGGAAGAGAGUACCGACAGUCUCUCGUCCUUACUCUUUCAUUGAAUUUGACACAUACAUCCAAAAAACAAAGAAAUCUUACAUCGACAGUCGAGCACGCAGGAACCUGGGUUCUAUAAACACUGAACUUCAGGAUGUGCAGCGAAUAAUGGUGGCGAAUAUCGAGGAGGUCUUACAGCGAGGAGAGGCACUGUCAGCUUUGGACAGCAAGGCCAGUAGCCUCUCCAACCUGUCGAAGAAGUACCGACAAGAUGCCAAGUAUUUGAAUAUGCGUUCAACCUACGCCAAGCUAGCAGCUGUUGCAGUCUUCUCAAUCAUGUUAAUCGUGUAUGUACGCUUCUGGUGGCUCUGAGAUUGACUGUCAUGCUGACCAGCGUUGAUUUGCUCUUGCUAUGUGUCAGUCCCCCUGUAAUGGCGUGCUCGAUCUAUGAGCACUCAUUACCAUUCCAAAAUCAUUAGUUUUUUGCUCAGUCAGUCACGUUGAAAGCUCCCUUUUUUUUUUUUGUUGUAAUUUGGAUGUGUGUGAUGGGUUGCCAAAGUUGGCUCUGUCAGAUUACAUUUCAUUCUGACUUGUCGAAAUGAAGAAUUCUUUCUUUCAUCCCAAUGCAUUCUGAUAUUACAAACUAUAGGUAAAACAAAUAGAAUCAUUAUAAAGAGCUAAAGUGGUGAAAAAUACUCUAUUAUUAAAUGCUCUGUAGAAAGAAUGAAUGGAAUGUCUGUGAUCUCUCUUCCUGUCUCUGUCCAUGACUCUUUACACACAAAUCCUGGGAAAGCUGCUGAGGAGGACCAGAUUACUGCCUGAAAAAUAUGAUUUGUGCUGUGACUGUGUAGAUAUCAACAGUGCUCUUAUAUUCAUUGAAUAAAAUCACUUAUGUUAA